AUGGCUCGAGUAAGACUCGGGCUUCUGAAUUUGUCGUUUAAUAAUUCAGCAAAGUUCGAAUGUGAGACCAUUUUUCAGCAGACUGGAGGCGACAAAACCGAGUCCCGCAAACUCUAUGCCUCCGGCAAUAGAGAACCUUUGAGGCGGAGAAAUCUUUCACAAAAGUCCAUAACUCAUCGUCUCCCUUGGCAGGUUCGACUUGACCUAAUUCGCUCUAAGGCAUCCUCAACGAGGCUGGAGAAAAAUUAUUUCAAAUAUCGCUCCGCUCUCCGAAAUACCACCAAACGUUACGUUGUUGGUGAACCUGUGCAUGUUUAA